CCGGAAAAAUCGACCCUAUGAAGGAAAUUUCGUAUUUGGCCCAGGUGUUUGGAUAAUAAAUAGUGAAACGGUUUCACUGUUACAUAUUGACAAUAGCUCGAUGUCAGCAACAAGAAUAUAUCGUGUAAUUCAUACUAACAGCAAAAAAAAUCCGUAGUAAUGUUGCACGCGAUAAACUUUUUUUCAUUCAUCUAUCUCUCACCUUGAUCGAGCUUUCAGUCUUUCGCUCGUGCCUUACAUGUCAUUCCUAGUAUUUGGUGUAAGUUCAGUCGAAAUUGGAGUGUCUACCGGUCAGGAUUACUUUUUGUAGCACCGCCGCAGUAGGACGACAUCGCGUAUUUGUGAUAACACACUGUGAACUCUAUCACAGUGGGUUGCUUAAGUUUGCAACAAUUUUGUGCAAAUUUUUACAAAAUAAUAAAUUGUUGUAUUUUUAAACUGGAAUUUCAAUUUUUAUUCAAUUAGUUCAUUGAAAAUGGGUUUGUUUUCUUACAAUUAGUCUCAAUUUUUACAUCUUCAUUCAAAAUAUGUGAAUCCAAAAUUUAAUGAACAAAUUUAGCAAAUUCUUCUAUCACAAAUAUACAAUACUGCCAAAGUCAUCGAAUCUAGUGCCAUGGACUGGACAAAUUCAAAUGAAUUUAAAAGGAAAACCCAUUGGAAACGAGGCCGAUUCGAGAAAUCCACCUCUGAACCAAAUCUUUCAGCCCAUUUCACACCUAGAUUUCCCGAUAAUCUAGCGCAUCUUCUGCAUGAAUAUGUAACGGUCGAUGAGCUGAAAUUUUAUCGCAAAAAACGACCACAAAACAUUGACGAUGAAUUUCAUAGCAAAGACAGCAUUUGUCUAUACGACAAAAAUCAGCCGAUAAUCCCAUUCGCCUCUCUAAAGUCCGAGUACACAAAAAGAUUUGGAAAACUAUACAGUCCAAGAAGCAGAUCCGUUCCAAAUAAAAUUAAUUUGAACGCCACAACCAAAGAACUACUAGAAGCAUUGCAGGAUGAUUUUAGUGAUUUAAAUUCCGAAGAUUCUCGAAGAGGUAAGUCGGGCGGUGAAACAGAAAAUGAAGGCGUAGAAGUUGUAAAAUCGACCAAAGAAUCAAACGCUGCUGAACGUCCAAGGGAAACGCAUCCAACGCAAACGUUCAAGGUUCAAGGUGAAUUCUCUUAUUCACCAGAUAAUUUCCGGGGAGAAUUCAAGGGAACAUCAGUGAUGGAGCGUUCGGAAUCAGCAUCCAAUCCCCAAUCAAGCAAAAUUAAAUUUUAUGGAAAUUUCUUUGGUAGACCCGAAUACAAUGACAGUUUCAAAGUAUAUAACCAUUUUACAAAAAGUGCACCAAUCAAAGCAAAAGACCAAUUAUGCGUAAACAGGGCAAUUAUUACACCGAAUAUUUCACCAUUAUCCGAGUACACAGACCAAUUUAAAGAACUAAGUUUACACAGGUCAAACCAAUUAAAAAUCUCGAAACAGUUAAGUAAUGUAAGAAUGCGCAACAACCUAAUGAUUGGGCAUUCAGAUCAGCAUGUAUUUCCCGAGUAUUUCGAAAGUUAUAAGAAUCCACACAUUCAAAAACUGCCCGAACGUGCAAAAGCGCGUUCUCCCAUCCUCGAAAUGACCGGCAGCAUGGAUUAUCGCCCAGAAUAUAAAGUUAAAUUUACUGAGUUCCCUCGACGAAGGCCAGUCACACAUAGACCCGAAUCAAAUUUGGAUUUUCUCGAAAGGUCACGAAAAUCAUCACCCGUCAGACAACCAGCUAUCACCACAAAAUAUAAUCCACAACUGAAUGUUGCCAUUGUUGAGCCAUCCCAAAAUUUGCAUGAACCGCCAAAGAUAAAUCAGGACCCAUUUUAUUUAUGUCAACCAGAAGUUCGAAAAGCCCGACACGAAAUGCUGAUUAAAAAACGACCAGCAUCAUCACGACAAAUUAUUGCGAGCGCCAGAAGUAAUGGUCAUACCUUUACAACAAAUGAAGAUGAGGAAAAUCGAAGCUAUAAUGAACGAAGUCGAAUUAUUAGAUCACCAGUUAAACCACCUAUAAAUGUUACAAUCGAAAAUUUUGAUGAAGAAGACACAAAGACGAAAACGACUAUUCACAAUGAAAAUCCCGUGAAAUAUGGUCGACGAGCUCCUAUUCAAAUGGCUGAAAAUGUGCAAGCCAAACGUAAUCUCAGUAAAAUCAUCGAGGGAAACUAUGAAUAUGCAACAAAAAAGAAAUCCUUGUCCUCGUCCAUAAUAAACGGAAACACCAUGAACACUCAGAGUGUGGAAUCUCCCUCAUUUGUGAUUCUCAAAGAUCCAAUCAAGCAGAACAAAUGGAUGCAGUCAUCUUGGUAUUUAUAAGUUACUGGAUAUAGAUUUAUAAUUAUAGAAUUGUUAUUCUAAAUGGUGAUCAUUGAACGGUAGCAUGAACCUGAGAAAAGAUUUAAAAUAAAACGCAGAGAUUUCAUACAUUCCUUGCAGCUACGCCAUUGAUGUUGUUAUUAGUUUACAAUAUUUCGGUUAGCUACAACUUUGCAUUGACAAUGCAAAUGAAAUAGCCGUUUUGUUUUUGUGUUACUUGUAAACCGUGUAUCCACCAUCUCUUUCGAUGGAAGUUCAGAACCUUAUACAUGCGUCUUGUUUACUCCCUGUCGCCAUAGCUUAACUCAUUGCGCAAGAUAGUUCUUUUGGAGGUUUUGCUUGUAAAGAGAGAGAGAGAGAGAAAGAGAGAGAGAGAGAGAGAGAGAGAGAGGGGGGGGGGGGGAGAAACUGGCCCAUUUAAAAAUACAUGGGCAAAAUACAUUUUAAAUAGGACUCAUAUUUAAAAGUAUAUUGCGAAUAGUAUGAGAGUGCAGAUAUUUUUUUAAAAUAAUACUUGGAAUAAAUUUCGUUUGAAUUAAAUAUAAAAAUGAAAUAAAGACUUGGGAUGUACUGGAGAAAUAGAGAUUUUUUUUAUGACAAUUGAUAGUUUAAUGUCUUAAUUCUGAUAAAAAUUCAUUCACACAACUUAAAAUAUGCAUGCUGCGAAAAUGAAAAUUUCAAAUAUGGUUUAUAUACAGGAUUAUAACACAGGAUUAUAUCGAGGAUAUCAACAUUAACAGUAUGAGCUUCAAGUAGGUAAAAUGUAUGUGAAUAUUGUUCAAUAUCACUGUCAAAAUGUUCAAAGUUUUAAUAUUGGUGUUCCAGAAAUUUACGAUGAAUUCACAAAUAUUCAUGAAUUCGAUAUUCUGGUUUUUUUUAUUCCCACAUUGGACAAACGCAGAACUGGCUUAAAUGGAUGGGCAAAUAUUCAAAUCACAACUACCAUAAUUCAGAUUUAGAGCUACUAGCUGCUACAUUUUCUCAUUUAGAACUACCGGCUAUUUCGAUCACUUUUCCAACUUCUUCAUAGGGUUCAAUUCCAGAAUUUCCAAUUCAAAUAUGACGCUUAUUUGUUGUGAUCGAGGGGCAAAUCACUCUAAAGUAAUUUGUAAUAGAGAAAGUAAUUUACGUGUAAAAAUCUCGAUUACUUUUGAAAAGUAAUCGAGAUUUUUACACGUAAAUUACUAUCUCGAUUACUUUCUCUAUUACAAAUUACUUUAGAGUGAUUCGCCCCUCGGUUGUGAUUGCCAUUUUAAAGAAUCACAAAUGUUACAUCUGUACUAAUAAUAACAACCAAUACAUACAAAACGUUAAGUUCAUGAAUAUUGGUCUGGACCAGCAAAUAUGACGAUCGCCUAAAUAUAAAUAAAUUUACUCUGGCAGUGUUGAUUACAAACUUCUCACCAUUUGUAUUUUUAUUAAAAAUGUUGUUUAAUGUUUUUAUUGAAGAUCUAUAUUCACAUUGAAUUUACUGAAAUGCAACACCACCGUUCAUAAAUGGGAACGACUCAGAUGAUAAUGAAUUAACUCUAUUUAUUUCACAAAUAAGAUAUCAUGAUAUAACAUUUCAAUAGAAAUAUGACACAAUUCUAUUAUUGUUAUUUUUACCGUGAAAUAAGCUCUAAAUGUGGAUACGAACAGAAUAAUACCAGCGGAUGCUGUGAAAUAGCUGAGGAUUCUUAUCGUUUGUGCUUCCCCCGUUCACACCUCAUGCAUGUUAUAAUUAUACAACCAAUUUGAUCUCAAAUAAAAAGAAUUACAUUCGUAAUCCCAAA